AUGUCUCAAGCUGUUACUCUGCCCCUUCCGAAUUUGUCAAAGAGUGUGAGGUUAGAUUUUCCUCGAUUCAAGGGAGAAGAUCCUGCAUCUUGGGUAUACAAGGCAAAUCAGUAUUUCAAUUUCUAUCAUACUCCAUUCAAUCAAAAACUUUUAAUGGCUUCCUUUCAUAUGGAUGGUGAUGCAUUGAUCUGGUUCCAAGAUUGGGAAGAAACAAGGCUAUUCAGUAAUUGGGAAGGAUUUGUUGAAGCAUUAUUGACAAGAUUUGGGAUGACUGCUUAUGAAGAUCCCAUGGAAGCAUUAACCAGAUUAAGACAAACGACUAGUGUGGUGGCUUACAAGGGGCAAUUUGAAGCCUUAUCCAACAGACCCAAAGGUUUGUCUGAUGUUCAAAAAUUGAGUUGUUUUCUCAGUGAGCUGAGAGAUGAGAUUUGGUUCCCUAUAAAGAUUCUUAAUCCAAAGAAUCUUAAUGAUGCUUUUGGUUCUAAUGUCCAACUAGUAGAACUGGAUGAAACUGAUUCUAUUUUUCCUCAACAUGAAAUCCAUGAAACUGAGUCUAGAGUGGGUGAAAAGGGUGAAGUGGGUGAAAAGGGUGUAGCUGAAAUCACUUUGUAUGAGUUGUUUAGUAGUCCUUCAUCUGGUUCCAUGAGAGUAAGGGGUAAAAUUAAUGGUCAUUGGGUCACUAUUCUAAUUGACACUAGUAGUACCCACAACUUCUUGGAUGCUACAAUGUUGUCUGUUUUACAACUAUCAUUGGAUUCCACUUUAACAUUUGAAGUAAAAGUGGCUAAUGGUGCUACAAUUCAGACUUAA